UACAACUGUCAAAGAGAAAACGGAUCGUUGCACUUAUCGCAAAACGCUAAAAACUGUAAAAUAAUAAGUUUUUCUAUGGAUUUAUAAUAAUAACACGUAUAGUACUUAUUAAUUUUAAUUAUGUUUUGGAGUGGAAACUAUAUUGCUGCUAGGGAGUUGAAUUUUCUUCUCAAAGAAGAGAAUGUGUCGCUCAUCCAGGUCCUGGAGGCGGACGACAUCCUGCAGGAAUGCAAGGCCGACAAUGCGGCUCUUGUCAAAUACCUCACACGGCCAGAGAUCCUGGCGGAGUUAAUAACCCUGAUCACAGAGGAGCCUCCGCGGAAUGUGGAGCUCGCAAUGCAGUAUCGGCACGCGAACAUGGCGUGCGAGGUGCUCACCAGCCACCUGUCCAUGCUCAGCGACCGGCUGUCCCUAGACGAGGUGCAGAUGCACAGACUGUGUGACUUCCUGCUGCGGGAUCCGCCUCUCAACCCACUGCUGGCGUCCUACUUCAGCAAGACUAUAGAGAUGUUGCUUAUACGGAACCCAAAACAGGACUGGUACCUGUACCAUAUAGUGUGCUUGCGGGUGUUGGACUUUUUCCGUUCCCGUCGCGACUUCCUGCCGAAUCUGUUGAAGCACAUCUCCACAUCUGCCAUCGCAGACAUCUUCAAAUACUUCAUCAGGCUGGACCAGUUCAGUGAGAUUGUGCUGGAGUGGUUAGACGAGCACCAGUUCCUGGACGCGUUGAUCCAGAUCAUCUGCGGCUCGUACGUGCCCGAGGAGUUGGAGUCGAGCGGCGGCAGUGCCGGCCGCCUCAGCCACGCCGGCGACGAGCACAACCACGACGACAGCGACGCCGCCGCCGACGCCGACACCACCCAGCGCACCACCGCCACCACCACCGGCACCACCACCGCCACCACCACCGGCACCACUACCGCCACCACCACCGGUAGUGACACGGCACACGCCGAUACAGAGGGUCGCGGCCGGCGAGCGGCGAGCGCGGCGGAGGCGGCGGCGCGGCGCGCACGGCGGCGCGGGCGCGCGGCGGCGGCGGGCAACGCGGCCGCGCUCCUCACCGAGCUCGUGCUCACCGCCUGCGCGCCCGACGGCAGCCCCGCCAGGCCGUGCGUGGGCGCGGUGCUGCGGUCGCGCCUGCGCAGUAGCGGCGCGCGGCUGCUGCUGCAGGGCGCGUUCACGGCGGGCGGGCGCGCGCGGCGGGACGCGCUGGUGCACGCGUGCCGCGCGGUGCGUGCGCUGCUGCAGCUGCCGCUGCUGCCCGACGUGCCGCACGCGCCCGACGCGCCGCAAGCGGGGCAAACGAAAAAAAAGUCCACGACUCGUUUACCCAAGGUACUAAUACACAUGUUUGGUGUCAGGGAGGAGGAGAGCGCCGAUGAUCAGGUGGACGUUGAGUUAGCGGUCGCACCGCACCUGCCCUUAUUGCACAACGCGUUGCUAAGGGACCCGCAGCGCGACCUCGACGACGAGGAAUCAGACGGCGAUAAGGGGAAGUCAGUAGAGUCAGAGAGCGAGGGUGACAAAGAAGCGGAGACAGGCAGCAAGAAGAAGGUGGUGGGGCAGGCGCGGGUGGAGGUGGCCGCGCUACUGGCGCAGCUCGCGCGCGCCGCGCGGGACGAGGUCUGCUGCACCAUGCUCACGCUCGGCACGCCGGGCGUCCUGCUCGACAUGUUCGAGUACCCGGACAACAACUUCCUGCACAGCGAGGUGGCCGCGUUCAUCCGCAACGCGCUCGAGAACCCUCCCUACCGCACGCAGUACGCGCGACAUCUCGUGCUGGAGUGCGACAUGCUCACGCGGCUCAUGGAUGCUUUCGAGGAGAAUGAGAACAAGAGGCCCGGCGCGGGCCGUGCGGCGGGCAGCCCGCCGCCGCGCCGCGACAUGGGGCACCUGGUGAGCGCGCUGCGCAGCGCGGCGGGCGCGGCGCCGGCGCUGCCGCCCGCACUGCCGCCCGCGCUGCAGCAGCGCUGGGCCGCCUUCACCGACCACACGCUGCGCCCGCUGCUGCACCACCACGACACGCCGCUGGGCGGCUAUCAUCCCCCAGAAAUCAUUUACAAGUUGGAGAAUAUGGAGGGCAUUAUUGCGUCCAACUACGAUUUCGGGUGCGACAUGGCGGCGACCGCCAGCAUGGACGAGCUCGCCGACGAACUGAACGCCGACUACAUCAACGAACUCAAUAUGGGAGGCGGCAGCGAGGGCCUGGAGUCGCCGGAGUUCGUGGCGGACGGUCUCGGGCUCGACGCGGACAAGAUGGCAGUCGCCAAGAACAACUUCCUGGAGCUCGCCAACCAGAGGUUCGAUGACGACAUGUGGGACGAGGCGCCGGAGGGCGACGACCUCGACGAAGGUGAGGAGGGCGACGCCGCGGGGGGAGAGGGGCCGGAGGGGGGAGUGGGCACCGCCGUCGCCGUACACCACGUACUCGCGCAGCCAUCACGUCUGUAUCGCAUUGCUUUUGACUUAAAUAGAUUGCAACAGAGGUGGAGGCUUUCAUAUUGCGUGGGGCGUCGCUCGGGCGGCGGGGGCGGGGCGCCGUGUGCGGAGGGCUGGGCGUCGUUCGGCGCGGAGGGCGCGGAGGGUGCGGACGCGUUCCCUCCCGACGACGACUUCGCCGCCUGGCCGCCGCUGCCGCGCCGAGACGACACAUCGGUCGCGGAGUUGGAAUGUGGCGUGCGUUCGCUGAGACUGGAGCGGUCCUCCCCUCCCGCGGACGACCCUUCGUCGGUGGAGCUCACCAACAACCUGCUGACAGCCAUGAGCGCCAUGUCGCCGGACGCCAUCGCCAACAUCGUCAACGCCAACAUGACGCCGUUCCCGGUGGCGGAGGCGACGGGCGCGGCGCCUGCGCAGUCCCCGGCGGCGGUGUCGACGACGGUGGCCGCGGCGGCGCCCGCGCCGGCCGGCGGCGAGGCUGCGCGGCGGUGAUGCGGCUGCGCGGCGCCGCGCCCCGGCUAGUCGCGCC